GUCGAAUUGCACUACUUGGCACUUGCACACAAACACACACUCCCUCUCCCACGCAGCAAUAUUCUGCCACAAAACACAUAAACAUAAGCACCAAAACCUUGUUCUCUGUCCCUUCACCUUUAACAAGAACAUCGAAGUUUUGGCAUUCACCUCGAUGUCUUCUGAUCUCUUCAUCUACGAUUCCAACCUCCAGUUCAUGCCUGACGACCCACCGUUCCCCUUGUGUGACUCGACCAUGAUUGACAGCCUGGACAUCCUCUUCCCCGACCCGAUCGACCAGUUAUCAAGUGCCGCAAAUUGCAGCCCUCUCCUCUCGACUUCUCCCCCUAGCCACCAGCUCGAGAGCCUCAGCCUCCAUACGGCAGUUUCCUCGGAUUUCACAGGCUGGUUUCCGGACCACACCACCUGCAGCUUUGGCAGCGUCCAGGAGGGAACUGUAAAGGCCGAGGGGAGCCCCGUGGGUUAUGAAGCCUUUGCGGGCCCUCACAGCUACGGCGGGCAUGAGAGCGGCUUUACCAAUGCGGUGAAGUAUAUGCAGAGGAGUUACAGCAUCAACUCGUUGGAGGAGAAGCAGGCGGCCGCACUGUUUCAUCCGCAAUUUGACGCCGUCAUGGAGUCCGCGGAUCACUUGCAGGGACAGGCCGGCAUGAUGAGCUCCCCCGAGAGUUGCAUCCCCGGUGCUCAGAUGAGACGGGUCUGCAGCGCUGGUGACCUGCAGAGGUCCUCCUUGUCAAGCCCUUUAAGAAUAGAGAGCGCAUUCCCGGACGAGGCGAACCUCAAGGUCGGGCGUUACAGUGUGCAGGAGAGGAAGGAGAGGAUCCUCAAGUACAGAGCCAAGAGGACCCAGAGAAAUUUCACCAAGACAAUCAAGUAUGCAUGUCGGAAGACACUAGCGGACACCAGGCCCCGUAUACGUGGCAGGUUCGCUCGAAAUGACGAGAUUGGAGAACUUCCCAAGGCCCCCUGUUCCGCCAGAGAAGACGACGACGAGGACCACGACCUCUGGUUGGCCUUGCAAGAAGAAGGGGAGUUCGGAGCAGGAAGGGGAGGACCAUUUCUCGGGAACAGUUACGGGCAAACUCAGUUCAACUAUUCUUACGGCUAUCAGAAUUGACAGAGGCUGAGUGAAAAUUAAUAUGUCAAUAGAUUGAGGGCACCUUAUUAUUUUGACCAAAAAAAUUAAGGAAAGUAUUUUGUAGUCAAUAGCCAUCGUCCCGAGCUACGAUCAUUGCACCCUUUGCUUUCACCUCCAGAAGUGCUUUAGUAUUAUAAGGCUUUAGUGAAUAAAAAGGGCAGCACCACUAUUAUAAGAUGCUGUGGAGAAGAACAGAGGACGAGGUGAUCGGUACGUAGUUGAAGAGGGAAUAUUUGGUCUGCUAUAUGAAUUUGGGUAUGUUGUAGUCUCUUGACUAUCUUUUUCUCUUUUUGCCUUUUCUUUUCUUUAUUUUUCUUUUAAUGUUUUUGGCCAUUGUUGGCUGCUUUAUAAGUGUACAUAUAAAUGAGAUGUAGUCAAUAAAAAUGACCGUUUAAAUUAU